UUAAACCUACCUCCGGUUGGCAACUGGAGGAGCAAGCCGGUGCAGCCUUCCAAGCUUCCUUUGUGCUACAGUUGGAGCUGUUUAUUAGUCGCGGAUGAGUUUAAGUUGGGAAAAGAAAAGACACAGGGGUGGGGGUGGUAAACUUUGCCUAGAUUCCUCUGCAGGAAGUUGGCCUUUUUAGCUAGGGGAAGGAGAAAUGGUACAGCGUGAAGGCAUGGGGUAACUUAAUGGAAUGUGAAACAAAGUUCCUUUGCUACAGAUGUUGCAAACGCUAAGUCAGUGUCAGUAUUUCACUGAGCAUUUUGGUUUUUCCCCUACUUCUGAAGCAGAAGGGGAGCACAUUCCUCGGUGUGCAGUGGUUGAGCCGCUGAGAACACUGCUUCAUUCCAUCCCAGUUUUCCUUCUAGCUAGGGCAGCCUCGCACAAAAUGCAUAUUGUUUUAAACCUUCAGAGGUCUUGGGGCUGUUAAAUAUUUGUGCGGUAUAGUUGUGGACCACAGCGGAGACCUCUCUUAGGUCCUCAGCUGAGCUGCCUGCAGUACAGGAAAUAUGUUAAGGCUUAGAUCUGGGCUCUCCGUGGAGCACUGUAAGCGGGCUGCGAACAGCACAUUUGCAUUGUAACGCUGCAACUUAACUGCUGGCAGAGAAGGCAAAAUCCUUUCACUAAAUAAGAAGAAGCCAAGGAUUAGGACUGAAUAUCCUUUCGUCCUCCCUGGAGUUAUGCUCUCCUUCUGUGAGUUCCAUCCCGCGGCAUCGUCGAAGGGCAUCUAUCUGAUACUAAAAGGUGGUACAUGCCAGAGCCCUGCUCUCCCAGCCCUGGUCCGUCCACCAGCCCCUCCUUUGCAACCGUCGCUGGAUAUUAAACCAUUUCUUCCCUUUCCUCUUGACACUGCAGCCGCGGUCAACCUCUUCCCCAAUUUUAAUGCGAUGGACCCAAUUCAGAAAGCUGUAAUAAAUCAUACAUUCGGGGUUCCUCUUCCUCAUCGAAGAAAACAAAUCAUAUCGUGCAACAUUUGCCAGUUGAGAUUUAAUUCCGAUAGCCAGGCUGCGGCCCACUACAAAGGCACGAAACAUGCCAAGAAGCUCAAAGCACUGGAAGCCAUGAAAAAUAAGCAGAAAUCUGUAACUGCCAAGGACAGCGUAAAGACCGCCUUCACCUCCAUCACUACCAAUGCCAUCACUACCAGCUCUGACAAAACAGACAGUACCACGGGGACACCAGCAAUAUCAACGACGGCAACUGUGGAAAUUCGCAAAAACAGUGUUAUGACAACUGAGAUCACCUCAAAAGCAGAAAAAAGCCCCACGUUAGCCACCGGCAAUAGUUCCUGUUCUUCCACGGAGACGGAGGAAGAAAAGGCAAAACGGCUUCUUUACUGUUCGCUCUGCAAGGUUGCUGUCAACUCGGCCUCACAGCUGGAAGCGCACAACAGUGGUACUAAGCACAAAACCAUGCUAGAAGCUCGGAAUGGAAGCGGGACUAUCAAAGCCUUUCCUAGGGCAGGUGUGAAAGGCAAAGGACCAGUUAAUAAGGGAAAUACAGGCCUGCAAAACAAAACGUUUCACUGUGAAAUCUGUGAUGUGCACGUCAACUCAGAAACACAGCUUAAACAGCACAUUAGCAGUAGAAGGCACAAAGACAGAGCUGCCGGGAAGCCCCCAAAACCUAAAUACAGCCCCUACAACAAGCUUCAGAAGGCAGCCCAUCCGCUGGGGGUGAAAUUAGUUUUUUCGAAGGAACCUUCAAAGCCAUUGGCGCCGCGCAUCCUGCCGAGCCCGCUGGCCGCAGCGGCGGCCGCCGCCGCCGUGGCCGUGAACUCGCCGUUCAGCCUGCGCGCUGCGCCGGCCACGCUGUUCCAGACCUCCGCGCUCCCGCCCGCGCUGCUGCGGCCGGCCCCGGGGCCCAUUCGGACCGCCCACACUCCUGUGCUGUUCGCUCCCUACUGAAUUCCACGCCGGAGCAACCGUACUGCAAUAAUUUUUCAAAAAACAAAAAACAAAAACAAAAACACAGAACUCAGCAAAAGAGAACUAUGCAGUGUUUUAUUUAUAAAGUAUAUCCGAAGAGCCAGGACUUUUGAUAGUGAAUUGAAAAGAUUAUUUAAAAAAAAAAAGGAGGGAGGUUAGGGGGUGGGCGGGGAGGGGUGACAUUUUCUCCAAAUUCAAGCAUUCCUCUCGAGCGUUGAUUGUUUUAGAAGUGAUCUCCAGCAUCGACUUGUAGCGGCACCUAGAACUUCUGGCGCCUUCGUGACUGUGCUUCUGGGCACCUGUUUCUCCUUCCAUUGUCUUUCCUGCUUUAUGAAACAACAUUGUCUAAGGGCAUUAACUGGUUCCAAUGUACAUACAAUAAUUUACUCUGUAGAUUAAAAUCAUGCGAAAAAAACAAAAACAAAAAAAGCAAAGCAACACUGUGAAUAGCAGUACCCGUGCUGGUCCUCUUCCUGUGACAGCAGUUACUGGGUAUUUAUCCCAACAAAAGUAGAUACAGUAGACGUCUUGUUAAAUUAUAGUGCUGUGUCUCAAUCUAUGCCACUAGGUUUUUAAAGAAUGGCAAAAGGUAGAAUGAACAACUAUUUCAUGCCAAGAAGCAGGCAAAAACUAAACUCAUACCCAGUGGUUUUGUGGAGGUCCCCGUAGUUAGUGCACAUUCCCCUCCUCCUGCCCUGCUUGGAGAUGACUUUCAGUUAAGAACAGUAGAACAAGGCUAAGCACAGAGGUGGCAGAGUAUGAAUAAAGGUGUUUUUUUUUACACAGUGCUAUUUUUCCACCCUGAAGCAGUAUUGCUGGAAAGAGUGAAGUGUUUGUAAUGAAACUGCAUCUGUAAACUGGUAAACCCAUGCAUCAUGGGUGUUUAGGAAGAAAUCAUUACAACUGUUCUGUUUCAUGGAUAAGGGACGAUCAUUACCUAGGAUAAUACAAAGUAAGGAUUUUUUCAACUUAGUACAUAUCCGUUAAAAACAGAAUAUUGCAUCUCUGCAAUAUCCAUUUUGUAUCAUACCAGUAGGGCUGUCUCUUAGGCAAAGAUUUCUGCUUUGAAUAUGAUGAUAGACAUUAGCUAUUGUGGAUUUUUUUGUUGUUUUCUACAUCUCCUACUGACACGAUAUAAACAAUUAAUAUAUACUUAAAUGUUAGUAAAACAAGAAAGACAAAUCUGAGUUAGUUGCAGACCAAGGAUGUAGUGUUAAAAAAAAUACUGGUAAGAUGCACUCAACCAUCACUUCUCUAGUGGAGUUGUAAAAUACUGACAGCCUUCGAUAUUCACCAGUAGGCUGGAAGGAGUUGAUGUUUUACCUUUAAAACAAGAUUUAUCAGGGGUAUAUAUAAAUAUAUGUAUAUUGUAUAUAUGUUAGAAAGAUUAAGAGAAUAACUUAUAAAAAGAAAAUCUAUAUAAAUAAUUAUAUAACCAUCCCGUGUUACAUGUUAUCAUUAAAUUGGUAACAAACGGCAUAAAAAUAGCUGUGCCUUUAAUUUGUGAAAAAGGCUCUCUGCUUUUUCCCAUAGAAAGCUAACAAUACCUAUCACUAUGAUGGGGUUCGAUGCAGCCAGUCUGUUGCUUUAAUAAGAACGACACUCAAACUUAGAACAAGGACAAAACAUGUACAAAUCAACCCUACAUGAUUUAGGUUUAGAGAAAAAAGUAUUUUUUGAAAAGGUUUUGUAAAGACUAUUUAAAAAUACAGGGAAGGGCUGGAUAUGGCCUUCCUGAAACUGAUCUUACCUAAACUGUUGUAACCUUUUGAGAGGUAUAAAGAUUUAAGAUGAAACCAUUCGAGAGAUAGGUAUUUAUCAUCUGUCAUUUUAUAUUUAAGAAACACCCACAGCGUGCUUGGUGCUCAACCUAAACAUGGUCUUUGGAAUUCUUCGCCACCAUCUAGCUCUAGACGUUUGUCAUAUAAACUUAUCUUUAAAGCAGUUGGCUUUAUAUAUCUUUUGUUAAACAAACCACCAAAAGAAAACAGAAAUAAAAAUUUAAAAAAAGAAAGUAAAAAAGGGAGGAGGCAGGCAGAAGGAAAAAGUAUUCCAUCGGUAUUUGGUAAAAAGAAUUUCAAACCAUACAUCUCCAGUUAAACAUGUUGGUCAGCAUUAAAUUUGUUUGGGGGAGCAUUUGAUGAGUUUUGCAUUAGCCAAUAUCUCUACCGCCUGGUGUUAGCAUAUGUUUCUUUUUUUCACCCACAGACGCUGCUAGUUCAGUCAGCUGGAGAGUUGCUCAUGUGCUGAUUGUUCAGUGGGCUGCGUGUGUCCCGUGUGACCGGCUUCUGACUGUGUUGAACUUGAGCUUCCUUUUUCUGCUUUGUCAAAUAUUUUGAUCUUUCACUAUAAGUUAGCCUGACAACCUUUAUCCAAUAACCUUUACACAUGAGAAAACCUCUCUUUCUGUUGGAGAACUUGGUGUUAAUUGAUGAAUCUCACUACAAUGUGCUUUCACUGUUCUUCCCCAUUUUCACCAAAGUGAAUGAGCCAGUCCACAGUCAGGGCCUGUGGGACACAAGAGUCCUGAAUCACAAGGCAUUACUAACUAAUGAGUUGCUGGGAACAAACAAAUCAGCCAUAUUUUCUCCAUCAGCCAUAUGAGAAAACUCAGAAAUACCUAAAUCCCUUCUGCCUCACUUCACUAUGGAACCAUUUUUGUUUAAAUGGUCUCUCAAAUUGGAGUUGUGGUCAUCAGUUGUCUUUUACUCACUACCUAAUAAAGGAUGAAGCCUAACCACAGAACUUAGAGUGGAUUCUCUGUGAUUGUUUACCCCCACUCCACAUAUUUAUCAACAUCAGAUCCACAUCUAUUGUAGUUUAGACUGCUAUAUCCUUUCCUUGGGGAACUUUUUCAUGAAUAAAGAUCAAUAAUUCAGAUUGGUCAGCAGUGGUGCUCUGAAAAUCCCUCAGGGAGGUCUGACUUUAUGGUUAUAUAUCCCUUCCCAUGCAUCACACCCAUGGCAAGGAUGUGAUAGAGAAAGCAUCUCUGAUUUCAAUUGAAACAAAUAUAAAUGCAUUGCAAGAGCCAAAUGCCUCUGGAAAAAGCAUGGUUGUACUUCAUCCACAUCACCCAGACAAAUGGGAAACAGUCAUUGGGGAGGUAUUCUAUUUCUCUUCUGAGAAAACAGGUGAUUAUACAUGACAAAUUGCUCUUCUCACUGGGCCUAAGCUUUGAAGAGUGGUGGCUCUGUUCACAUAAGCAAACACGCAGGUGGCUCUUGGCAGUUCAUAUCAUCAUUGCCUCAUCUGAAAGAAUUGCAAUCUUACCAUUGGGUUUCCCCUCAUUUAUUGCAAUAAUUCACUGCCAUUAUCAUCAGAGAUAUGAUUUGGGUUUUUUUUAAGGUGCUACAUAUUUUUCUGCCAAGGAACUGUUUAGCCAAGAGAGUGUUUAUACCCAUUUGGAAAUUAGAAGAGAGCUGGAAAUCAUGAAACAAAGGAUUAAAAGUUAAAAGACAAAGAAGUUUUAAGAAAUAAAAUUACUCAGAGUUUAUUUUGGCUGUACCCAUCUAAGUUUCUAAAGCACAGAACCAAUACAUGGUAGAUAGAGCCAUUAUGUUUCCCUUAUGAUUACAUUUUAAAUUAAUAUUGUGGUUUCUGUACCCACACCACAUAAUGUUUCAACUUUCCUAAAGAAAUCAAAUCACAAAGCAAAAAGAUGACUCAGUAUGUCUAGAGACCCCUUCCUUUAAAUUUGAAUUGGUUUAUAGUACUACCUUUCUGUACAUGGGUGACACUAUAUUAAUAACUACUUGUAUGCAGGAUAGCAUCAUGAAGUGUUCAAAGACAGAAGUCCAUUGUAGACUCUCACCAGCAGAGUAACAAUUAAAUAGUCAAUUACUGCUUUGUCCUUAAUUUCUUCAUCUGUAAUAAUGUGAGGGUGAAUAAAAGCUGAGCUGGUUUACUAUUCCUGCAU